AUGGCCGGUAUUUCUCAGACCAUGCGCCUUUGGCGUUCCGCAACAUGGCUCGCCAGAGCCACCACCUUCAAACCAGCAAGCCAAUUUGCCUAUCUUCACCAGCAUGGCCCUUCACGCUCCGCUGUGGUACACGAGCAAGCGCUGCCGCAAAGCCAAACACAGGAAGCCCCCUUCCUCUCCAAGACCAAAUCCCAUAUACCCUCUUCAAGUUCGAAUGAUUCGAAUCUCGAUACACUUAUCUCCCAAAUACCCCUCGUCCAAGCCCUGCGCCAAUCCCACAAAGCCUACAAAGAAUCCCGUCCCCAUCUAGCUAUCCCCCAAGCUGUCAGACAACGCCACUUCGUGGGUGGCAGCUUAGCCGGUCCCGGAAAGCUAGCUAUCGCACCCUAUACAUGGACAUCAUCCAAGAAGAAUGAAUCCUCAAACAUCCGCACUAGCAGCGUUGUCUCAGUCUUUCACAUUGGCCGCAACCUCUGCGGCCAUCCCGGCUUUGUUCACGGUGGUUUUCUCUCCGUCCUCUUUGACGAAGUCUUCGCUCGAUGCGUCUCGGCGGCGUUCCCUACUGGUCUGGGCAUGACAGCGAAUCUAACUGUCGAUUUCCGGAAGCCCGCGCUGCCGGAUCGAUUGUACGUUCUUCGUGCUGAGACUGUUAAGGUUGAGGGACGGAAAGCUUGGGUUGAGGGGAAGAUGAGUUAUUUGCCGUUGGUCGUUCCCGAUGGGAACACUAUUGUCCAGGAUGUGGAGUUGUUGAACGUGGAUAGUGAGGAGUCGGUUAUGGUUUCGGAGGCGAAGGCGCUUUUUGUUGAGCCCAAGUUUGCGGAUUCCAUGGUUUCGAUUUACAAGAGCUAA